AGCUCAGCAACGGUUUCUGCGAAAUGGCCAAGUCAAAGAACCACACUAACCACAACCAAUCUGCUAAGGCUCACCGUAACUUGAAGUUCUCCCAAAGAGCUCGUUACCCAUCCAAGAAGGGUGUCGACCCAAAGUUCCUUCGUAACCAAAGAUACGCUACUCAAGGUAACAUCAAGAAGGCACUUGCUAUCAGAAAGGGCGCUGUUGAAGCAAACUAAGCAGUUUGACUUGCAGGAAACUGUCUUGAAUGAUACAUUCAUUAUGAG